GAAAAAUUUGUUCGAAAAACGAAAUUCGAUUUGUGAAGUAUUAUUUACAUUUUUAGUAAGUUUUAAAAUAAUAAUUAAAAAUAUGUGAAAUUGAUCUCGAAAUCGAAUAAUAUUAAACAUGUUCAGCUUAGAAGUUUAAGUUUUAAAUAUAUACGAUAGCAUGCCAGCGCACAAUAUUGUCAAAACACUAUACAACAGAAUAAUGCAUUAUUUCAUACUUGAAAAAAUUGUAGCAAUGUGUACUUUUAAAGUGUAAAAUGAACAAUUAUGGGUUUUAUUGCAUUGCUAUAGCAAUUUUGCCUAUAUUUUUCAACUUCUGCUGUGCUUAUCGUAAUAUGACAACUGAUAAUACUGAGAGCGCUGAACUUGUAUCACACUAUGAAUCGAGCCUUUCGCUUCCAGAUAUUUUGCCAAUUCCCUCCAAAAAUUACGACAAGAAUCGGGCUCCAAAACUUUUAGGACAGCCAACUGUUGUGUACUUCCAUGUUACAGUUUUAUCAUUAGAUUCUAUAAAUGAAGAAUCGAUGACAUAUGUGACUGACAUUUUCCUAGCUCAAAGCUGGCGAGAUCCACGCCUUCGACUUCCAGAAAACAUGAGCGAGGAGUAUAGAAUACUGGAUGUAGACUGGUUGCAUAGUAUAUGGAGGCCAGAUUGCUUUUUUAAAAAUGCGAAAAAAGUUACAUUUCAUGAAAUGAGUAUACCCAAUCAUUAUUUGUGGCUUUAUCACGACAAAACUCUUCUGUACAUGUCCAAAUUAACAUUGGUGCUGUCAUGUGCAAUGAAAUUUGAGUCAUAUCCUCACGACACACAAAUAUGUUCAAUGAUGAUAGAGAGCUUAUCUCAUACAGUUCAAGACCUUGUUUUUAUAUGGAAUAUGACUGAUCCAUUAGUUGUUAACAGUGAAAUUGAAUUACCUCAACUGGAUAUAUCCAACAACUAUACCACAGACUGCACCAUAGAAUAUUCUACAGGUAAUUUUACUUGUUUGGCCAUUGUAUUCAACCUUCGACGCAGGCUAGGCUAUCAUCUGUUUCACACAUAUAUUCCAUCGGCCCUUAUUGUUGUAAUGUCUUGGAUAUCAUUUUGGAUUAAGCCUGAAGCAAUUCCAGCUCGAGUUACUUUAGGCGUAACUUCACUUCUUACGCUAGCAACACAAAAUACUCAAUCCCAACAAUCGCUACCGCCUGUAUCUUAUGUAAAAGCUAUCGAUGUUUGGAUGUCGUCAUGUUCGGUAUUCGUAUUUCUCUCUUUAAUGGAAUUUGCUGUCGUAAACAAUUAUAUGGGACCCGUAGCAACAAAAGCAAUGAAAGGAUAUUCCGAUGAAAGCUUACAUAAUAUUGAAGAUUUUAAGAAAAAAAUUCACAGAGAAUCAAUGGUAGAACCUGCUUAUGAUGUUAAUUGCAAUGGACAUCCAACAGCUAUUUAUAUAGAUACAUUUUCAAGAUUUUUCUUUCCAUUUUCUUUUUUUAUUCUAAAUAUUGCUUACUGGACCACUUUCUUAUGAUACAACCAUUUUACAAAUUAAUAAAAUAAUUUUUGAUUUCAUGUGUGUAAAUAUGUUUUUUACAUAAUAUUGUGGUAUUGCCAAGUAAGCGAAUAAAAUAAAUUUGUGUGAAUUAAAAACAAGUUUAAUUAAAAAAAAAAGUUGCCAUUUUUUCCUGGA